GAAUCAAAAUGGCCUCACUUCCGUCAAGUGCACACCGGCGUCAUGGGCUCGCGUGGUUUAUGAAGAAAAUAAAGUUUAUUUUUGUGUAUAGAUAGUCAAAAAAGAAUAAAACAUUGGAUUUUUAAUAAUAAGUUCCUGAGUUUCAAAUGGGCAAACCAGAGUUCAACGGAGGCCGUGGUGGCGGCCGCGGGGGUUUCGGCGGCGGCCGGGGGCGCGGGGGCGGGGGUGGGAGGGGAGGCUUUGGAGGUCGCGGGGGCGGCGGCGGCCGCGGGGGAUUCGAGAAGAGGGGCGGAGGCAGAGGGUUUGGCAGAGGAGGAGCAGGCGGUGGCCGCGGUCGUGGUGGCGGCGGUAGAGGAGGCGGUGGCUUCAAGGGAGGCAAGCAAGUUAUCAUUGAGCCACACAGACACGCUGGAGUAUUCAUCGCCAGAGGCAAAGAGGAUGCUCUAGUCACCAGAAACCUUGUGCCGGGGUCAGAAGUUUAUGGCGAAAAGAGGAUAUCUGUUGAGACCGACGGAGAGAAGGUAGAAUACAGAGUAUGGAACCCGUUCAGGUCAAAGUUGGCAGCGGCGAUCAUGGGAGGUGUGGAUGCUAUACACAUGCCUCCGGGCUCCAGGGUGCUGUAUCUUGGGGCUGCUAGUGGAACUACAGUCAGUCAUGUCUCCGAUGUUGUUGGACCGGAAGGUCUGGUGUACGCUGUGGAGUUCUCCCACCGAUCCGGUCGUGAUCUUAUCAAUGUGGCCAAGAAAAGGACUAAUAUUAUACCUAUUAUUGAAGAUGCGAGGCACCCGCUGAAAUACAGAAUGCUGGUGGGAAUGGUGGACACGAUAUUCGCGGACGUGGCGCAGCCCGACCAGGCUAGGAUCGUCAGUUUGAACGCUCAACAUUUUUUGAAGAACGGAGGACAUUUUGUUAUUUCCAUUAAGGCCUCCUGUAUCGACUCAACGGCCAAACCCGAAGCGGUGUUCGCGGCCGAAGUGAAGAAGCUUCAAGCGGACAAACUGAAACCCCAGGAACAGUUGACCUUAGAACCCUACGAGCGGGACCAUGCGGUCGUCGUCGGGGUGUUUAGACCACCGGCCAAGAAAGACAAAUAGAUUUUGACUAUCGAAAGCUAGAUUUUAAGAGUAAGGUCAAUAUGAAAUUAAGGGAAAAACUGAUGUGCCUGAUUUCUUUUAUGUUACAUUAGAUUCCAUUAAUUAAUACAAGGUUGAAACUUGUUUGGAAUUUUAACAAUAAUCCGCCCUUGUGUACAUUCGCCAUCAGAUAUAUCGGGCCGAGGAGCUCAAUAAUAUCUGAACACGCACUCUAACGCCUUGACAAUAGAGGCGUGUUCAGAUAUCUGUGAGCGCCUUGACCGCUCCGAUAUAUCUGAUGGCGACUGUGCAUACACAUUGGAAGCUGGGUAGUUUGACUAAGAUAAGUCUGCAGGAUUUUGAUAGCAUAUGCAAGUGUUAUUUUAAAAGCCAAACAUCUAUGAAAUUAUUACCUAUAAAUAACACUUGCACAGUCUGUGCUGUCAAAAUCUUAGCAGAGUUUUCGGUCUAACUUUAAAAACCUAUAAUGAAGUAGUUGGCACAGAAUUUUAGUGACACGAAAGGUGAUUUAAGCUAAUAUCUCCAAGCUUUACAUAUAGCAUUCACACAAUAUGUAAAAUUCCUUUUUCUGUAAUUGAGUUGCUGUUAAAAAGAUAUAUGAAGUUGAGUAUUUGAUAUACUGCCGAUAUGUCAUGUUUUAAUUUAAGUAUAAUGUUAAGUAAGUUUUAUGGACAUACGUGAGAUGUAUGUAUGUAUAAGUUUUAAGAGAAUGAUAAAAUAUAAACGAUGGUGCGAAUGACAAA